AUCGAAGUUCGGCAAUUGCGGGCCUUUUUUCUCUGUCACUCUAAUUACGUCGUAGUGAGAGUAAAAGAGAAAGAUCCCUGCAAUUUGCGACGUUCGGUUUAGUUCGGUAAGCCCCGCCCAGUGACGGACGCCUCGGACCGGACCCGGGCCGUUGGAGGGUGAGUCAUCCUAUAUGCGAUCAUCUCUACUCUAGUCACACAAAUUAUGCCUUGCGUACAUCUUGCGUAUCUGUAUGAUCAGUGCAGUAUCUCCAAAAUGAAUGAAUCUGCUUCACACCGAUCCCCAACGGAUUCGCAAAAAAAGGAAUGACUUGUAUUUUCAGCAAUUUCGCGUAAACAAGCACGAUUAGUUGACAGUUUUGAGCAUAUAAAAUGGGUGUCGCGUCGGGUCUGAGCAGUGUGCAUCCAAGUCCAGUGUGAAUCGGGUAAAAUGGCGAGAUUAGUGCUCAUCUUCUGCCUGGCUCUGGUAGCCUCUGCCUCAGCAGCACCAGGUAUCAUCCAUGACCAUGGGUUCCACGACGUCUAUCACCACGGCGGUUUCGGCGGUGGCGGCGGUGGCGGUGGUGGUUUUGGUGGCCUCGGCGGGCCUGGUUUGCACGGCGGCUCGGGUCACGGCGGCCAGUCGCAGUCGUUCUCGAAGGCCUCAGCUAGUGCUAGCUCUCAGUCCGGCUCAGGCACCAUUGGAUGAGAGCGUGUAAGUAGGUAAUUUUAACUUAGAACUUGAUUUCCAGUUAAACUGUAAUACAGCGUCCAGCGUCUGCUUAAUGCCGGAGUAAACGCUCCGGUUGAACUAUUUAUAAACGCUGUUUAUAGCAUCGCAGCGGAUGCCAUAAUGUGACUAUGCCUUCCUAGUAGUCGCUAAUCAUUUUCUACUAAUGUGAUAUUUAACAUACUUACCUAAAAGAAUAGUUAUUAAAUCUAAGAGUUAAUGCUAGUUACUGUUCCUCCCUAGCUCCUAAGAAAUUCAUGUGUUCUUCUUUCGAGAACUGGUUAAAAAUGUAGCCCAUAUUACCCAAAACGAUACCGUAAAAUUAGAAUCGGCCGGUGCCUUAUUUGUAGGUGUUUCGUAGGCUGAGAAUACAUUUGUGCUACUUAUAUCCUUUUUUGAGAAAAAUGUUUUGCAAUAUUUUGUGCCAUAUCCAAAAUUUUGGGAUAUGGCAAUACAUUAAUUUAUAUUAAAAUAAAGACAAUAUUAUUUUAUGAUUACCAUUAUAUUAAAAAUAUUUGUAUGGUACUAUAAAUAGUAAAUAUAUGUGCCUAAAUGAGAAAUAACUUUAAUAUUUCCUAAAUAAAUAGAUUUUUGUUUCUUUUCGCUCUCCUGCAAACCAACAUAAGUGGCGUAUGGCACAAAAGUAUUCUCAUCCGACGAUUUGGAAUCAAAUCGAAACAGUAACUUAUUACCUACCUACUAAGUAUUUAUUUUAAAUACAUACGGUGAAGUUACAAAAUAAACUAUAGUAUACUUACCUACCGUUAUAAAAUAAUAAUCU